AUGGUGGACCCUAAUAGCAAUGAAUCCAGUGCCACAUAUUUUAUUUUAAUAGGCCUUCCAGGCUUGGAAGAAGCUCAGUUCUGGUUGGCCUUCCCAUUGUGCUCCCUGUACCCUAUUGCUGUGCUAGGUAACCUGACAAUCAUCUACAUUGUGCCGACUGAGCACAGCCUACAUGAACCCAUGUAUAUUUUUCUUUGCAUGCUUUCUGGCCUUGACAUCCUUAUCUCCACUUCAUCUGUGCCCAAAAUGAUGGCCAUCUUCUGGUUCAAUUCCACUAUCAUCCAAUUUGAUGCUUGUCUGCUACAGAUGUUUGCCAUCCACUCCUUAUCUGGCAUGGAGUCCACGGUACUGCUGGCCAUGGCCUUUGACCGCUAUGUGGCCAUUUGCCACCCAUUACGCCAUGCCACUGUGCUAAUGUUGCCUCAUGUUACCAAGAUUGGCCUGGCUGCUGUGGUAUGGGGUACUGCACUUAUGGCACCCCUGUCUAUCUUCAUCAAAUGGCUGCCUUUCUGCCACUCCAACAUUCUUUCCCAUUCCUACUGCCUACACCAAGAUGUCAUGAAGCUGGCUUGUGCUGACAUCUGUGUCAAUAUCAUCUAUGGCCUCAUUGUCAUCAUUUCUGCCAUUGGCCUGGACUCACUUCUCAUCUCCUUGUCAUAUCUGCUUAUCCUCAAGACUGUGUUGGGCUUGACACAUGAAGCCCAAGCAAAAACAUUUGGUACUUGUGUCUCUCAUGUAUGUGCUGUUUUCAUAUUUUAUGUACCUUUCAUUGGAUUAUCUAUGGUGCACCGUUUUGACAAGUGGCAUGACUCCCUCUUACCCAUCAUCAUGGCCAACAUCUACCUGCUUGUUCCUCCUGUGCUCAACCCUAUUGUUUACAGAGUCAAGACAAAGGAGAUCCGGCAGCGAAUACUUCGUCUUUUCCAUGUGACUACCCAUACUUCAGAUCCCUAG